AUGGCUCCAUCCCACCCUCGAUCCUCGACAUCCUCGAACAAGCGUCCUGCCCCAGAACCACUUGAGCGCCCUGCGAAGCACCGACGCACGACGCGCCGUCCGGGCAUGGAGCAGCGCACCCAGAACGCGAGCAAAACUCUGUCCCAGCGCUGGAUAUCAUACACAAUCGACGGGUUCAGGCUGCUGCUCGAGACGGUCUCACACUUCUUGCCAGGCGAUCAGCAGAACGACCUUGCCCGCCCGCAGGAAUCACCACAGCCAUCGCCUUUGUCCUCACCUCCACCACCCGUACUAGCGAAACCUCUACCUCCCCCUUCUUCCGCCCGUGUUUCUAACGACGUUCCACUAACACCACGCACAUACUUGAACAAAUUGAAGCAGAAAAAUGCUGAAUUUGCCCUGUGUACCUCGCGCGACCCGCGUUCAAUACCCCUUCCGCCAUCCCCUCCACCACCAAUCGAGCGCCAAAGUAAACGAAAGUCAUACAUGAACGACACGCCGGAGACGGGUAACUCGCGAACCCAGCGACCAAAUGGACAUGUCAAUAUGGUUGCAAGUAGCUCGAAGAUGCCCUUGGUCAAUGGGUUUAGUAGACCAACAGCAACGUCAUCCAAUUCAUCAGGCUCGAAGCGCCUACGCAAGUCCCAGGAUUCGUCGCCCUCCCUUGAAAUUAUCGACUCUUCAAUGCCGCCCCCACCUGUCCCUCAGAGGGAUCAAACAAGCGGUUCUUUCGAAUUUACUUUCCGUGAUCACGCAUCAACACAACCUAUACCCGUACGACGAUACCAGACGCGGGAACACAUAUUCGCGAAAAGACAUAAGCAACGGGUGCAAGAAGAGAGGAUAGCAGAUCGGAUAGAGAUGGAAAAAGAGUUAUACAGUUACGAGCGUCGGAACGGGUACCAAUCAAGUCUGUCAGACUUCAAGGGCCUGCUUAGCUAUCGCGCUGCGUUGGAGAAAGUACAGUUCCGGGAGGCCUUGUCUCCUUCCGCCUCCCUUACCGAUCUGAGAGAGUUAGCCCCAUCCUCAAAUCGAAAUCGACGGUAUUCGUUUGCGGAUGCCGACGGAAUCUUCCUCCAACGAGCCCUCGACAAGGCGCGUGCAACGUUCAAUAGUCCCAAACCGCCGAAGCCAUUCAUCCCAACAUGGGAGCAAAUGCAACUUCGCAAUAAAACGCGGGAUCAAGAGAUCGAGGACCGUCUCCGCCCCAAACGAGCACCCUUACCGACGCAGUUACCACCGGCGGACGAUGCUAAGGUUACGGGGAUCCUGCAGAAGCGUGGUGCUUUGUUCAAGUUCGCUAGGGAACAGGUGACUAGCGAGGAUAUUGCGCGUUUGCGGCCGUGUCAGUGGCUGAACGACGAGAUCAUCAACUUCUAUGGGUCUAUGAUCCUUGCACGCUCGGAGUCAUCGAAGGAGAACCCCGGGGGGAAGGCGUCGAAGCCGUUGAAAGUGCAUUAUUUCAGUACGUUCUUUUGGCCGAAGGUGUUGGAUGGGUACGAUAAGUCGAGGUUGGCAAAGUGGACCAAGAAGUUCGACAUCUUCGAAAAGGACGUCGUUCUUCUGGCGGUCAAUCAUGGGAACACGCAUUGGACGUCGGCAGCAAUCAACUUCCGUCAAAAACGGAUUGAAGCCUACGAUAGCAUGAAUGGUGAUCAGUCCUACGUGCUGAAGCACCUCCGGGCGUAUGUGGACGCUGAACACCGCAAUAAAAAGAAAAAGCCGUUUGACUUUACUGGAUGGGAAGAUUAUUCACCUAAGGAUAUCCCACAGCAAGAAAAUGCCUACGAUUGCGGGGUUUUUACCUGUACAAUUUUGGAAUACCUGUCAAGAGGUGAGGAAGUGUUCAACUUCACGCAGAAGCACAUGCCGUAUAUCCGAAGGAAGAUGAUUCUGGAGAUUGCGACGAGUCAGCUGCGCGAGCCCUCGUAG